GGAACUGGAAUAAAAUAAGAUACCAACAUGGCUAGCGGACUGGAGGAGAAGGUGCCUAUCAGUGGACUGGAAGAAAGGGUGCCCCGAAAGGCUGUCCAUGGCAGAAUAGAAGAAGACAAGAAAGACAGCCAGCGAGACAGCAGAAUAGUUAUUGCUGCCAUAGAUUUUGGAACAACAUAUUCAGGCUAUGCUUAUGCAUUUAAAGAUGAACUUGAUAAGACCAAAAGUACCAAAGAAAUGUGCAACGUUUUAUCGAAAACAUGGCAAAGCGGAAGUGACGCAGGGCUUAUUUCUCACAAAACUCCGACUUGUCUCCUUCUCAAUCCAGAAGGAAACUUCGACUCGUUUGGGUUUCAAGCAGAGGAAAAGUACAAUAAUCUAACUAACGAUAAUGCCCAUGAUGGCUGGCGGUUUUUCAGGAGGUUCAAAAUGAUUCUUCUAAAUGAAAAGCAUCUUAACAAAGACACUGUGAUAUCCGAUGAUCAAAACCAGAAUUUGGAAGCUGUAACUGUUUUUGCGCAUAGCAUAAAGUACAUUAAAAACGAAUUGUGGAAACAGCUCUCAAAGACAGGAUACAGUAUUGAAGAAAAAGAGAUUCAAUGGGUACUAACAAUACCAGCCAUAUGGAACCCAAGGUCCAAGCAGUUCAUGAGAUUUGCAGCAGAGCAGGCUGGAAUACCCGGAAACCAGUUGGAGUUUGCCUUGGAACCAGAGGCGGCAGCUGUCUAUGUCAAAGAAACUAAAGUGGCCAAAGAAUCCUUGUCAGCUGAUGAGCACCAGCUAGUUCCAUUUAAACCUGGAACACAGUUUAUGGUGCUGGAUCUAGGAGGUCGUUCUGGAAAAAUUAUAAUAGCUGCCAUCGACUUUGGGACAACAUACUCCGGCUAUGCGUACACUUUUAAAUCUGAUCUUGAGGAGUCGAAAUCAGCGCAAGAGAUGUGUAAAGUUCUAACUCAUAAUUGGCAGUCAGGAAGCGGGGCUGGGCUUAUCUCUCACAAAACUCCUACAAGUUUACUUCUUACCCAAGACGAGGAAUUUGAUUCAUUUGGAUACAAAGCAGAGGAAAAAUAUGUUCAGCUGGCCAAUGAGAAUAAGCACACAGGAUGGCGUUUCUUUCGGAAAUUCAAAAUGAUUCUGCACAAAAACGACGUUCUUACAAAAAACACAACCAUAAAUGAUGACCAGGGAAAUCCAGUGCUAGCAGUGGACGUGUUUGCUCACAGCAUACGAUUUAUGAAGAAAGAGCUUUUGAAUGAACUCGAGAAGGCUGGCAUUGAUGUUAAAGAAAACGAAAUUCUCUGGGUUCUUACUAUACCAGCAAUCUGGGAUCCCAAGUCCAAAGAAUUCAUGAGAGUUGCUGCGCACGAAGCAGGAAUCGCUAGCAACCAAUUAGAAUUUGCCCUUGAGCCCGAGGCAGCCUCUGUUUACGUCAAAGAAAUGACGGUCUCAAAGAAAGAAACAUCAGGAGAGAAGGAAUUGGUGCCGUUCCAUCCUGGAACUCAAUAUAUGGUUCUCGAUCUUGGAGGUGGCACAAUCGACAUUGUCGUUAAGGAGGUUCGGGAAGACAGAACAUUACGAGAACUACAUUAUGCGUGUGGCAAUGGUCUGGGUGGUGAGUCGGUGAAUAUAAGAAUUGCAAGCUAUUUUGAAGAAGUGUUUGGGAAAGAUGUCAUGAAAAAGUUUCGAACAAAUAAUGAAUACAAAGCUUCAUGGCUUGACUUAGAAACUGAGAUAGAACAGAAGAAGCGGACAUUACAAUUUGAUCUUAAAGGCAGAUUAAAAAUGUCAAUUCCACCAGUUCUCCUAGAAAUAUUCGAGAGUUUGCGUAAAUUGAAUCCUCGUGAACAUUUUAAUUCUAUAGAACAUUUAACAUUGAGCAGAGAUAAAUUGUACAUCAACAAAGACUUGAUCUAUCAACUUUUUCAGCCGUCGGUGGAAAGUAUUUUGAAUAUUAUGAAGGAGAUUUUGGACAAGCCCCAUUUGUAUAGGAUAUCUGACGUCAUUAUGGUGGGUGGAUUUUCUCAAUGCCCUCUAAUAUCUGAGCAGAUCAAAAGCACUUUCCAUGAUCUAAAGGUCGUAGUGCCAAAUGAUGCUGACCUCGCCGUGCUGAAGGGAGCAGUAAUUUAUCGGCACUGGCCUGAAGUCAUCUACUCACGGCGCGCCCCUUUCUCCUUAGGCGCUCGCUUUGCGCGAUGUUGGCUAGAUGGAGACGAUAUUCAAAAACAAUUUAAAAACAGAAAAGUCGAGAAAAUGUGCGGUGAUUGGUUCUGUAAAUUCGUCACAAAAAAUGAAGAAUUUAACACCACCGACAAAGCUAUUCUACCGGUGUCCCCCAUGGAAGCAAAUACGAAAUUUGUUCCUGUCGAGAUUUUUAAGUCGGACGAAGAAGAACCGCGUUACACAACAGAUACUUCUUCUAAGAGUAUGGGGAAAGCAUUCAACGUGGACAUGUCAGACUUGACUGGCGGCCUUGACCGCGAAGCUCACGUCACAUUGACCAUGGGCAGCACGGAAAUAAAAGUUGAAGGACAACAAAUACCAAAUGGAGUGGUCAAAAAUAUUAAACUUGACCUCCUAAAUGAUUAGAACUACUAGAUUGUUCAAGUUUCCAUGUGUAAAAGUAUCAGUUUAUGAUUGAGAACAGGAACUCAUCGAUUUUUAAUUUUUUUCUCCACUCUUGCAUUCAAUGUUUACAUAUAUAUAUAUAGAGAGAGAGAGAGAGAGAGAGAGAGAUUUUUUGUGUGUGUGUGUGUGUGACACAGCUAGAGUGUGCUGAAAAUGACUUUUUCGGGACUUCAAAACAUACUGCUGUCUGCAUUAUAUUGUUAUUAAAGAUUUCAAGAAUAUUUAUUCUUGAAAGAUCUUGUUUAACCUGAAUUAACCAUACAUGUAUGUGUAUUAUUGUCACACCCUUUCUUUAAAGGUAAAAAGUGUGGAAAUACCUCAUUUUUGUAUCAUAAGAAACCUGUUUUAAAUUCUAUUGAUACCGGAAUAUUUUCUAUAAACGGUAUACACUGUAAAUGUGAAAUGAACAUGCACCACAAUGAAGUCAAUGUAACUGAAAGAAAAAAAAAGCGUUAUUGACAAUUUAAGUGAUGAA